AUGGCUGCUGCCAUAAGCAACCUCUUGCGCAGGGCUCUACUCUACGUUCCAGGAUCCUCACAGCGCAUGCUAGAUAAAUCCCGCUCCCUGGUUGCCGACUGCGUAGCCUACGACCUCGAAGACAGCGUAACUCCUACGAAGAAAGAGGAAGCCCGCGUCCUGGUUCGCAAUGCCCUUAACCAUCCCUUACCCUCUGGAAUAAAGGAGCGUGCAGUGCGCAUAAAUGCCGUCAGCAGCGGUCUUGCUCUAGCUGACCUUACUGAAGUGCUUCAAUCCCCAAACCUAACCACCCUCGUCGUCCCCAAAGUCGACUCGGCCUCCGACCUCCACUUCAUCUCCGACGUAAUAUCCCACACCCGCUCCACCGCCAAACCAACCCACGCAAACCCAACCCCUUCCCAAAACUCUCCCAUAACCAUCCUCGCCCUAAUUGAAAGCGCCAAAUCAAUCCUCAACCUCCCCCAAAUCUGCUCCGCAACCCCAACCCAACUAUCCGGCCUCAUCUUCGCCGCAGCAGACUUCUCCAAAGACCUAAGCAUAACCCAAACCCCGUCUCUGACCGAAUUCCUCUACGCGCGCUCUGCAAUCGUCACUGCCGCCCGCGCCUACAAUAUCCCCUCCACAAUCGACCUAGUGUGCACGGACUUCAAGACGCCUGCUGUUCUGGAGGAAGAGGCGCUGAAUGGCAAGCGGAUGGGGUUCAAUGGAAAGCAGUGUAUUCAUCCCUCGCAGUUGGAGGCGGUGCAGCGGAUUUUUAGCCCUGAGGAGAAGGAGGUGGAGUGGGCUGUUAGGGUUGUUGUGGCGGAUGCGAAGGCAGCGGAGAGUGGGAGGGGAGCAUGGACGUUGGAUGGCAUGAUGAUCGAUAUACCUGUUGUCGAGAGGGCGAAGGGUAUUGUGAGAAAGGCGGAGCUUUGUGGGAUUGAUGUGCCAGCGUGGAGGGAGAGGUUUGCAGGGGAGGAACCACAGUAG